AUGUCUAGUCAACUACCAAGUCUGUACAGCUCGCUAUCCAAGUCAGACCAUGAAGUCCGCGUCCUCACUCUGCACGCAGGCCAGGCCAGCGAACCUCUGAAAGCUUCCCUGGAGGUGACCUCUCUGAACCUCAAGCCAACCUUCAGCGCGCUGUCCUACGAAUGGGGUCCUCCCAGUCCGGAAGACUUGCUGCCCAUUACCAUCGACGGCCAUUCAUUCCUGAUCACACCCAGUCUACAUGCUUUUCUAAGUCGAGUCCGCCGCCCGGACAUCCACCUCACUCUGUGGGCGGACGCUAUCUGCAUCAACCAGGCAGACAUUAACGAGCGUAAUCACCAAGUAUCUUUGAUGGGGGAGAUCUACAAGACUGCGACAGAAGUCUUCUCCUGGCUCGGGCACGCUGCUGCCGGCAGUGAUGAGGUCUUCGAUCUGAUAAAUUCAAGGAAGUGGUCUCCGGACGCGCCGCUUGAUAGCGAUCAGGGCAAAAACGAAUUCUUUCUGGCACUGUGUGAGAGAAAUUUGUCGGCCUCGUUCAGGCUAUUGGUAGAAAGGCCGUACUGGACGAGGGUAUGGAUCUUACAAGAAGUGGUGCUCGCGAGAACGGUCGUGCUGUGUUGUGGGGGUAAGUCGGCGUCGUUAGAAGUCUUCAGAAAGUAUGGCGUCGAGACACCCUUGUGGAUGGUAGAUGGGACGCCGCUCUCGGGAUCGGGCAGGCUGGACAAUCCGCUACACCUUGUCAUUGAGCAAGGGCCUCUGAUGCAACUGAGGAUUGUCUUUUCGGGUACUACUCAAAACGGAGAUGAUGUUCCUUACCGGGAGGACUUCGAGCGACCAUGGCCGGUGUUCAGCGCUCAGGGUUCUCAGCAUAUCCGUUUCACGUUUUCGCGCCCCCCUGGGGAUCAGUUCUGGCACAUCGAAGCGCUAGAUCCGAAGCCAAGUCUGCGUCAGAGUUCCAAUUCUGACCGUGUACCCAUACCGUCGUAUGGGCACUGUUCCUUCGAGCGAGGUGAAUCAUUGCUACUGCAUAUCAGUACGAGCAACGUGGUCAACAUUGCUCGCGAGAUCAUGGCUUUCUAUUUCGGCUCGUAUCGACCACGAGCAGGCCCGAUCGUUCGAAGAAAAUACAGCGGCAGCGACCGUUCAUUCAAUUCGCUGUGCCUUACAAGUAUGCGUUUGUCAUGUACCAAUAUUCGCGACCACAUCUUCGGCCUUCUUGGAAUUGUCACUGAUCCUACAGCUGCCGCGGGUGGAUUUUCGUCACAAGUGAGUCUUUUCAAGCCGGAUUAUAAGUGGACACCAGCCGAAGUCCUCCUCAACAGUCUGAACUACUUCCAGCCGCAUCGUGCUAUGGACACUGCUGUCCUAGCGGCACGAUUCCUGGGCCUCUAUGAUCCGAAGGGUAUAGACGACUUUAUUCAUCGUCAGAAGACCGCUUCACUUUCCGAGCGCUAUGCAUGCAGUGUCAUGCUGUCCGCGUCGCCAGUUCCGAACUCCAGCAGAACGGCCCUCUUCGGCUUGCAGCAUUUCGCCACUAGCCCUUCAGCAGAACGGCGAACAUUCAAGCUAGAUCACAGCACAUACCUGACAGCUGAGCUCGAUGAUGCCGCAAGACCAGGAAUGUUUCGAUGCAUAAGUAUGUCAUACCGUGGACCUUUCAUCAAACCCCUCACUGGCGCGCAUGCGAGUCUUCUGAAUAGACUGGCAGAGUACUUCCCGGCGAUCACAAUCAAUGCCAAUGACUCGCCACAGCAUUGGCCUUCGAAAAAUGAUGUCGUCGUUCAAAUGCCAUUCAUGUGCUUCUACACCCUCCUAACUGACGAGAUUUGUCGUGAGAAUGCUUUCAAGCACAACUUAGCAAUCGAUCAUCGAGCAGAUCUGAGCACAAAUGGUGCGCCGAUGUGGUUAUAG